AGCAAGUUUCGGAACUAAAAAAUACGCCGUUAUCGAAAUUGAUAAAUAUCUGUGGCUUGGGCAGUAUAUGUUUAGUUGGUGUUGUUUAGGUGGUCGGCAACAUGAUUCUUCUUACUGUGAUCUUUGUGGUUUUAGUUGUUUUGUUUUAUAAUCGACGGACGGUUUAUUUAACAUGGAAGUAUCCAAAAGUGAGGACAAUGACUUAUUUUCCUAUUGUGGGACAUCUUGGAAUGAUUAAAUAUAUUAAUCCUAGUGUAAAAAGUUUUAUGGAGUUUUGGUCUUUGUUGACAUCCGAUUCCGGCCGACUUUUACAAGUUCUCAAUAUAAAAAUGAUGAUGGUUUAUAAAGUGGAAGAUGUAGAAGUACUUUUAACACAUGAAAACACCCAAAAUAAGCAUUAUGUUUACGAUUUCUUAAAACUAGCAAUUGGUGAUAGUAUUAUGCGUGCAAAAGGACAAGUCUGGAAGGAUAAAACUAAAGCUAUGCGACCAACAAUGCACACGAAAACAGUCAGUACUUAUACGGAAGAUAUGUGUAAAUGCGUUGAGAUUUUAGCUGACAAAUGGACAAAUAUUGAUAAAACAUUCGAUGCAAUGCAAGAUGUUGCUAAAUGUUUAUUGGACAUGUUAUUCACGACUUCUUUCGGUGUAAAUUUAAACUGUCAAGCUAAUCAAACAAAAUUUGAUGAAUAUUCAGAAAGUUUUGCUGAGUUAUUUAUGGAUCGUUCAAUGUCCGCGUGGAAACAUCCUGACUUUGUGUAUAAUUUGACUUUUAGUAGCAAAAAGUUAAAAAAUGUUAUACAUCAUAUUUCAGAAACAACUGAUCAAAUAUUUACUGAAAGAAAAGAGAUUUACAGUUUAGAACAAGAAUUGGCAAAAGACGAAAUAUGUUUGGAUGAUAAACCGAUAAGAAACAUGAAAUUUAUUGAUUACAUGUUGGAUUUACACACAUUUAACGAUCAAGAAAUAAAGGAUGAAGUUAACACUUUUACUUUUGCGGGUUUUGAUACGUGUAAAGCUGGAGUUUCUUUCACAUUAAUCGCAUUGGCGCUACAUCAAGAUAUGCAGGAAAAGGUAUAUCAAGAAAUUCUUGAUGUAAUCGGUGCGGACAGAACGUUAUCAUAUGAAGACCUUUCCAAACUGGUUUACCUAGACAAAUUCCUGAAGGAAACUAUGCGUUUGUUCCCGCCAGUGACGAUAAUCGCCCGCAUUGCCGAUGACGAGUUCCCAUUGGGCGCCCACAUCGUGCCCAAAGGCACGCAAGUGAUGUGCAAUAUUCUGGCCACUCAUCGAUCCAGUCUGUAUUGGGAAAAUCCUUUGAAGUUUGAUCCAGAGCGAUUCAGCGCCGAAGGGCUCGCAAAGCAAAGAAAAUUCAGUUACAUUCCUUUUUUGGCUGGCACACGAGCUUGUUUUGGUACAAAAGUUGCAAUGUUGUCAUUAAAAUCAGCAAUUGUAACAUUAAUCAGGAAAUAUAAGUUUUACACGCCGUAUAAGUCCAUCGAAGAUGUUAAAUUGGAAGUUAAGGUCACAUUAUCAGCAGAAAAGGGCAUUUUGUUAAGAUUAGAGAAACGAUAAUAAUUAAUUUUAUAUAAAAAGUGUUUAGUGUUUAAUAAAUAUGUAAUUCCUUUUUA